GAAAGAAAAGCGUUUGAAGGCCGCCGGUCCGCCGGCCGGGCCGGAGUCGCUCGGGUCUCGGGCGAAUCAGUGCGGCGCGUUUCCCUCUGCCAUUUGCGCGUCGGUACGCGGCAGCGGUGUUACCGGAAUCCCCGACGUGUGCUUACCGGUGCGUAGAAGACGCGUAACGCCGUGUCGGCUGGAGGUGUGCUUUUUGCAAGUUCGGUGCUGUUCGUGCGUGCAUUUCUCGCGAUCCAAUCGAUCGGUAUGGCGGACACUGAGGCCAAGGAAACCAAAGUCACUACCCCGCAGAAGAAGGUGGUAGAGGAGGAGAAGGUAGUACAGGAAGUCGACGAGGACUCGAAAACAUCUGAAAACGGAGACACUAAGGAAACCAAAGAGAAUGGCUCCAGUGAGGAGAAAGAGAGUGAUGAGAAGGAAGCCGAGUCUACGGAAAAUGGAGAUUCCACAGAUGCCCCUGUCGACAGCUGUUGCGUGAAGAGGAAAUCUACGGCUGCGGCUGACGCAACGGAGGAAGCAACGGACGGUGCGAGCCCCGAGAAGAAGUCGAGACUCGAGGAGAAGUGCGCCGAGACCGAGAACAACGGCGACGCGGAGGAGGCUACGGCCUAAUAUUCUCUCACGUUUAUUGCUGACAGACCUAAUCCAUAGACGCAAUUUUAACUACCGAGUGUGAAGCCAGAGCAGAUCCGAUCGUCUGUGCAUUUUCAGGAAGGGUGACGAGCAUUCGAAAAAACAGAAAAAAAGAAAGAACCAAAAAGGAACACUUGACGUCUAUUAUAUCAAGGAGGAUUCUCUGUGUUCAGGAUGACUGUGUGUGUCUCUCUCUCUCUUUCUCUUACAGUACUUCUUGUAAGGGCAGCAAUUAGGCAACAGCGUAACACGUGUCCGACACUUAAAAUUGCGACUACAUUUGACCGUGAUGUGUAAAGCAUAAACAUACACCGUGUUCUCUGUACUGGCAUCCACGCGCAUACAUAUUAUAUAUUCAUUUAGCGUUAGAGCCCUAAAGUAUAAGGAAGUAUACCCCGAUAACGUUUAGAAAUAAUAUAUUUCUAUAAUUAUAUAUUUCUCCAUCAUCAGGACAAACGAUGGUGCGGUGUCUGGAAAAUGGGUACAGUUGUGCAACACAAUAUUUCCACCUACUACUACUACUAGUCCUCAUUGUUUCCGACGCACAGACACACAUGUAGCUUACGUAGACACAUACACACCUUGGGCUAUAUACAUCGGAGAUAGAUAUUUUUCUGCGAAUCAAAGUACAUUCCCGAAAAUAGAGAUUGCGGUUUGUAACGUGCGACCAUUCGCUGACGUCGUGGAGAAAUUUAAGAGAGCGCCAUUUCUACGGGUUAAUUUCGAACGUGCUUGUUCUGAUGACGUAUUUAUGAAAGGUGAAACUUUCGCAAAAAAAGGAGAAAAAAGGGAAACAUUUAUUUAGGCUUUAGGUAAAUUAUAUGUGCGUUAAAAUCCACUAACACAUACGAUGUGUUUUUGCAAAAAUAACUUUUCUUUGAACGAUGAAGGAAACACGUUUCCAAGAAACUUGUUAAUUUAGACACGGAUAUCAUCAGACUCGCUGUCGUAACUUUUAGAAAUCGAAAUAACUCUUUCUAAAUUCUUUUUAUUUUUUAUCAUACGAGGCGCGACUUAUAUAAUACGUGUAAACUUAUCUUACCUCGGUAUAUUCACACAUUGUACCUAUACGUACAUAUACAUGUAUAUGUAUAAAAAUGCUGACAAGUAAAGAAAGUUUGGUCUUGAAGUUUUGCUAAUGUUACAUAAAAAUAAAGAAAUGACGAUCGUCCGGUAAAAGAAAAGCUAGUUAACAUAUGAUUGAUUCUACACACAAGUACGACUCCGAAAUAAUCACAAUUUCGAGAUUAAUUUGUGUGACGUGAUUAAUACAGAUGUAAGUACUAAUUUGUUGCAUGUUAUAUAAAACUAAUAAUUGUCAUGUAUCACCAGUUUGUCUUCUUUUUAGUUGCGUUUCUAACGCGUGAACUUCAGUAGCUCGAAUGUUUUAUUUGUCGCGGAGGUAUCUCAAUGAAUAGUAAAGUGGUUCAUAUAAUUUUCAAUAUCAUUAUUUUUUUGCUUUACAUGUAAUGAAUAUAACUGUCGAUCAGUGAGAGGGUAAUAACAUGUAUGUUUAAGAUUUAAAAUGGUAAAAUGUGUUCAACAGUAAAUACAAAUAAAGAUGGUUCUCUAUAUUCGUACUGCGAAAUAUUAUCCCUUGUACAACUAAUUAAAUGUACAAUAGAGUUCAGGAGAAAUAAAAGCCAAACGGAAAUCCUGUUA